AGGAAAUAUGUGUGUAACACUCAGAACGGUCCCACUUUCUGUCGCCUCUCAAGCUCAGUGCAGCGCUUUACAUGAGAACCUGGUUGUCCCCGCAUGUCUGUGCACACGGUGCUGUCCGUGACUGAGCAGAGAUGUCGGACACCGGGGAGCAGUGGCAGGUGGCCCGGGGACGGAAAGGCGCAGCGCGGAAACCAAAAACACGUCAGGUGUCCUCACAUGCGACAUGCUGCCAGGAUGAGCUGGACAUCCAGAAAACUGUGAGACGAAUAAGAGACACAGUGUCUGAGCUAAGAUGCGAGGACUUCUUUCAAGAGUGGAAAAAGCAGACGCUGGCUGCAGGAUCAGCGGCCCUCUCACAUCCUCCGCAGAGCGGUGACACGCUGGAGUGUGUGUGUUACGGCCUCGGCUCCUUCUCCUCCUGCGUCUCUGCUCGCCACCAGCUCGCCAUGCUGCUGCUGCUGCUCGACGCAGCCCAGAUCCCUCUGAAGGACUGCUGUGUUUAUGACCCUGUGUUCUCCUCUGGAGAGAGGGACGUGUUGGGAGAGCUGGGUCUGACUGUACUCACAGAAAAUGAGGAGGGGAAGCGUCUGGCGACCAAGCCCACACUCUUUUACCUGAUGCAUUGUGGGAAAGCCCUGUACAACAACCUUCUGUGGAAGAACUGGAGUACACAACAUCUUCCUCUGAUGAUAAUCAUCGGAAACGGCUUCAGUGGCAUGAGAGACAGGACAAUCGAGAGAGAGUUCAAGCGGGACUACGGCUACAUCACUCAGGCUGUGUCCGUGUGUGAGGAGAGACAGCUGCCCUGUCCGUCCCGACUGAUUGACGUGUUCAGUGACACAGCCGUCAUCACGUUUCCUACCAGCGGCCUUCAGAAACUCCCACAAUCCACCUGGGAAGAGCCACCUGAACCACAGUAUGAACACUGCCCUGAUUUGGAAAUUAUUCAGAGGGAAACACAAAGAUGAGACACACGGGGGACAGGAAAUGGACUCUACUGUUGUUUUUGUUUGUUUGUUUUUCAUAGUUUUUAUUGAUAUAAGUGACUUUUUAAAUAAAUGAACUCUGCUUCAUAAUGAGAAAU